AUGCAGCUACUUCUCGAAGGCACGGGACGACACGCGCUCGUCAAAGUCUCACCGAAUGUCGUGGCGUUCGGCGCCGGUGUGCCGCAGCAGCAGCCCCUUGCCGUCAACUUGACGCUGGCCAACCCGAAUGACUCGCAAGUCCAUUUUGACUGGCAUGCGCUGCCGCCAAAUGCGACGAUCACGCCCCAGACUGGCGUUCUGAGUGCCAAUAGCUCGACAAUCGCCAAGCUCCAGUACACCCCACUGCUCACGGGCGGAUUUGCGUUGCCGCUGACGUGCCACAUUGGCCAAGGUCUUCAGGAACCAAGCGACAAGGUCUCGAUUUGGGUCGAAGGCACGGUGCCACGCCCGCACAUUCGGCUCCUCUCGCCCGAGAUUGACUUUGGGCUUGUCUCGGUCGGGCACUCGGCGACACAAGUGCUGCGCUUCCGUAACGAGUCGACGGCAAUCGCUAGCUACCGCUUCUCGCAUGUCGGCGCGUCCGUGCACAACCCUGCACCGCUCAAACGCUCCAAUUCCAACGAGUCUUUGCUCUCGCGCUUCUCCAUGGUGUCGUCCGAAGCGAGCAAGACCGAUGAUGAGAAGAUCGACACGCCUCCUCGAUGCGUCAUCACGUUUACCCCCGAGGAAGGGUCGCUUUUGCCGGGCGAGAUUGGCCAAGUUUCGGUCCUGUGCAUGUCGGGGAAAUACCCGGAACGCUUUCGAGCGUCGUUCCAGUGCGAGUUGCUACAGGAACCGCUUACGUGCGCCAGCUUCAUUUCGGCCCGCGCCGAGAUUCAAUGCCCCCAAGUGUACUUGACGAUCACGCGCAUCAACUUGGGCACCACCUACAUUGGCGUGCCUGUGCAGGCCACGUGCCAGCUCAUCAAUGUAUCGAACCUGCCCGCGUCCUUCAAGUGGGUCGAGCCCCAGGGCCGCUCCAAGGCGUACACGAUUGAAUUUGAGCCCAAAGCCGGCAACCUUGUCUCAAAAGAGUCGCUCACCAUCACGGUGACGUUCACCGGUCGGGUGCCGGGCUUUACCAACGCCGUCUUUGCCUGCAACGUCCGCGGCCUCUUGGCACCACUGGGGUUUGAACUCAGUACGCUCCAAAAAGGACUUGUGCUGUCGUAUGAGCUUCUCAAGCCCAACGAGCCGAUUCCGGAGCUCGCACCCCACACGGACGCGCCGGCCGGCGCCUUGCUGCCCAAGCUGCAGUUUGGCGAGGAAGUCGCGCUUUUCGAGCGGAAAACCCUUCGCCUCCUGAUCCGCAACCACAGCGGCAUUCCCGCCAAAGUGUCGUUUGAAGCCAAGAAAUACGCCGCGGCCUCGACGGAGACACCCCCCGAGAACCUCUUGGAGCCACCGCAAAACGUCUUUCAGUCGGCCCAAGGACAGCAAUACAAGGCCGAGCAAGCCAACGUGCUGGAAGACCGCCGGGUGCUCAGCCUCGGCCACGGCGUCGCUCUCGUGUGCUAUCCCGCGGCGCUGACGAUUGCCGAGUGGGAGCAAGCUGUCGUGCACAUUACGUGCUUCAACAACAUGUCGGGGCGCUACGUCGACGAUAUCAUUGUGAAAUUGGACACCAUGCCUCCGGUGCGGCUGAGUGCAACGAUCAACGUCGUCGGGUGCCCCCUGAGCAUCAAUCCCAACUGCGUCGGUCUCCUCAUAAAGAACGCGGGGGUGUGGCCGGUGCUCGAGUAUGGCAUGCUGCCCCUGCACUCGGAGAGCGUCGUCCGCAAGAUCCAGAUCAUCAACACGGGCCCGAUCCCUGCCAAACUCGCGUGGAAGUUGCUCGAAUACCCCGACCCAGACAGCCUCGAGCGCGUCGUGGACCUUCGCAUCCAAGUUCUCGACAGCGGGAGUCUUCAAGUGACGAUUCGGCCGCACUUGCAAAAGGAAGCCUCGUUUCUGCCGUUCCAAGUCGAUCCCCAAGACAAGAUCGUGCCCAAGCAUGGCCACGCUACGUUUCAAAUGACAUUUUUCCCAGCGCGCAACACUGGCAUCGGGCUCACGCGCGCGCUCUUGGUCGCAGAUGCCGAGUGGCUGCACAAUGACAAUGACGGCGUCGACCACGGCGCGUCAUCGGCGACGCUCAGCAGCAGCGCGUCGGCGGUCACCGAUGGCAACACCUCGUCUGCCAAAAGCAUCAUGAUGGGUGCGGUCGGGAAGGCUCUCAAAGCCGUGCGCCUCACCAACUCGAUGGCAAAGUACAAGAACGGCUCGCUCAAUAUGAAGUCGUUGGCGUGCCUCAAGCUGGCCAUGUCGGGUCAUUUGAUCCAGCCCCACUUGCACUGGGACAAGGGCACGACAUCGGGCGGUCUGCAGUGUUUGACGUUUACGACCUGGUCGCUGUACACCAAGGUACCCGACCACCCGCUCCACACGCAAGCCGUUCAGCUCGUGAACCGCAUGGCCACCAAGCUCACGUUUCGCCUGGAAACGUCACCGGACACACCCUUUUACAUUGUCGAAGCCACGUCCGUGGCGACGCCGCACCCGCUGAGCCCCAGUGUGCUGUCGCCCGCGCAGCGGUCCAUCAAGUUCAACCAGCAGCCAGCACCCUGCUUCACCUUGGGCCCGGGCCAAUCGGUGCACGUCAAGAUUCACUUCGUUCCAAAGCUCCCGCCGCCCACGUCCAGCCGACGCGAGCCCGCCGUCGUGUUUGUUCCGGGCGCCCUUACGAUCCGCUUCAGCCAAGGCACGCUUCAGACGAUUCAGCUCCAAGGACGCAUCUUGCGCCCUAUCCUCGUCCUUGCGCCGUCGCACUUCAAGUUUGGGCUCGUCCACUGCGAGCAGCACGAGACCGUCAAGGUCUUUCUCUCGAAUCCCACCGAGGUGGACGCGCAUUUCACGGUGCACCAUGUGCCACAGCUUGGGUCCAAGACCGUCGACGACCCUUCGGUGUUUCAACUCAGCAUCUCAUCGGGCACGCUGCGUGGUCCAUCGCUGCCGCUGCACAACAGCGGUGCGCUCGUGCCAUCACCGUCGCCGCAGUACCAAGCUGCGAUCCAUCGACCGCUGGAAGUGCUCGUGACGUUUUCGCCGAAAGCUGCCGCGUCGUACAAGUGCCGGUUCCACUUUAGCGUCGAGCUCGGCGACGGCUUUGACCUGGUUCUUGAAGGCCACGGGACGCUGGACGAAGGCAAGACGCAAAAGGUGUCGCGGUCGCUUCCACGCGCGCAGCCCCUUCGCCACUCGCAUUUUAUGUUCGGCGCCAUCUCCGAGUAGAUAAAACUACAUUGGCGUAAGGUUCCAUGUAAAUGUAAACUACUACAUAAGUCUAUUGC